CACAUGUCACGCAGCAUGGCCAAAAAAAAAAAACUGCUGUCCUAUAAGUGCAAGUACAAAUACUCUUCCUUAUCCUGUUGAUGACUGCAGUCUACUCAGCACACAACUCCAACAGAUUUUACCUCCGUCAAGCUAUCCACAAGAGCUUUCCUUACCGCUUCUCAGAGAUCAAACUUCUUAAGCAUUUCUACCCCUGGGCCAGGAGCACCGUCCUUCCUAACCUGUACAGGGAUUACAGAGUUUAACCUGCUGUUUGGAUGGAGCAUCUCUGACUACCGAACUUGUCUCAGUUCAGCAGUGACUGUUGUUGGUCUCCUGAUGGGAAUCUCUCAUCACAAGGAGGUUAUUGCUUUAAACCCAGUCCUGGGCUCCUUUCUUAUUCUCCUAACCAGUGUCAUUUUGAUGGUAUUUGUGAUCAUUAACCUUUUUGUUUCUGCCAUUUUAAUGACCUUUGGUAAAGAAAGAAAGUCCUUUAAGACUCAGAAAGAAGCUGCACUGAUGGAUAUGCUGCUACUGAAGCUCUCAAGUUUGUUAGGAAUACAGCAACACCAGAACACAUGCACAGUGGAAAUGGAAGCAGCAAGAACAUACCGAACUUGAGGAUGACUGAAAACUGCAAGGUGAAAAAGAAUAAUGAUACCACUACCAGAAACAGAAACUUGGGAGAUUCUUUGGAGCCACGAAAGAUCUUUUCUUUUUGGAAGUGGGAAAUCCUGAGUUCUAUUUCCACCAUACUGCAUUUGGGGAGAGAACGUGGCAUGUAGGUAGAAUGCCACGAGCAUAAAAACAAUCUGAGGGAGGAACAGAGAUGAGAAAACAGCAAAGGGUUCAGUACUGAGAAACUCUCAAGAGGGUUUCUGACUCACCAAUGAUCUGUGCAGAAGAGACAUUCUUAUCAGCAUUAAUGUCAUCAACCUGAAACACAAAGAUCAUGACCAAAGGAGAAAGCAAUGGCAUCACUGGUGAAAGUAAUGGUAUAAGCCCAUGUGUGUUGCAAAAGCUAAGCUGCUCAGCAAAAGCAACAGAAACUGCUCCAAAGAAACUGCCCCUCCGCCCCCUAUACUCCUUUCCUGAUCUUCUUCCAACCAGACAGAUACCAUGUUGAACUCAUAACUGCCAAGCAGAGGAAAAGAAAAUUCUUACCACACCAUAACAUCUCUCUUUAAUCUGUUACCUUCACCUUCCAGGCAGAGAGAAAGCAUUCUAAACCACCGCAUUCAUCUCCAAGAACCAAGUCCUCAAAUAAUAACAAAGAUCUUCUACCUCGUUCCUAGAAACAGCUGUGGGCAAUGCUUCAAUGCGUGCAAAACCAAAACAUAAAAAUUCAGGCCCAAUGUAAAAACCAAAGGAAAGAACACUAAGCAAGCUCAGGAACAGGGCGAUCUCCCUAGAUGAGCAAACAAGGCUGGCAGAAAAGUCAUCUAAUUCUCAACCAAAACCGUUACAACCACCUACAGUUCAAGGCAUCAUUACCAUAUUAGCAAUAACAGCAAGCUCUAACUAUAAGACUAAAAUAUAAAAUUAAUGCUAUAGGCUGAAGUUUAC